AUGCAGAUAUCAUCCGUUAAGAGUAAAGAGCUUUGGAAUAUUGUGUUGUUGAGUUUCGGGUUUUUCUUCAGUAUGGGAACAUUAUUAGCCUGCAUGUUGUCCGAGACAAUAUUACUUCACGGAGUUCAAGAUUCACACUUCCAAGGCACACCGACAAUGGGCUACAUUUGUUUGGCCCUCAAUUUUGCGUCGUUGGCAGUGUCGUACGCCCUCUCACCACCUUUGGCAGCAAUCUUUGGAUCGAAACUCCUGAUCGUUGUGGGAGCCGCGCUCUUGACACUUUCCCUAUCCGCCUAUUUCCGGCCACUGGAAAUCACAUUAUACUUGUCAGCCAUGACCCAAGGUCUUGGGAGUGGCAUUUUAUGGACGGUUUACAGCUAUUUCCUCACGGUGAAUUCCACCAAGGAAACAAUCGGAAGAAAUACUGGAAUAUUUUGGGUUAUAUUUCAUUGCGGGUAG